AUAUGUACGCGUGCUGUAGCUCUGUAUCUCCGGUUGGCUUCACAAUCUCUAGGCGUUAUGUGUGUGAUUUUAAUGACAUAUAUAAAAGUAAUCAGGCAGUAACUGCGACCGGUUAGUUCGCCACGAGCACUUCCCCAGGCAACAGAAGCCAAACACUCAACACACCUGCUAAAAGGAUAAUGAAAUUAAACCUGUGAUAAUUGGGUAAAAAAAGUGCAACAUGGACUCAAAAGGCAGUGUGAAGUUCCAAUAUCUGGCUGCAAUAUUUGUAAAUAUUGUUUCCAUUUCCUUCGGCGCUUAUUGCGGCUGGCCUUCGGCCAGUUUCCUGGAGCUCAGCAGUAGCGCCAGUCCCUUGGAGACGGGUCCGCUGAGCAAGCAGGAUCAGGGCAAUGUGGCAUCGGUUCUCUGCCUCGGCGGUCUAGUUGGGAAUGUAUUCUUUCUCUGGUUGGCGGACAAAAUCGGUCGCAAGAACUCGAUGCUGUGGGUGGCAUUGCCUUCGCUGCUGGGCUGGAUUGGGAUACCAUAUGCACGAAAUCCCACGCAUUUGAUAGCCGCUCGUUUUUUGGGUGGAGUGGCAGGUGGCGGCUGCUUCGGUGUGAUACCCGUCUACACGGCGGAGCUGGCAGAGGACACCGUGAGAGGCGUCCUGGGCACACUACUGGUGCUCACCUGCAACUUGGGCGUUCUGUUUGCCUUCAUACUGGGUUACUUCUUCAACUAUGCGACUGUCGCCUGGGUCGUCUCUACCCUGUCCAUAGUGUUUGUGGUGUGCUUCUGGUUUAUGCCCGAGACUCCGCAGCACUUGGCACAGCGACAUAAGCUGUCAGAGGCAGAGGACGCCCUGCGCUAUUAUCGCAAUAUACGCGCUCGUCCUUCCAAAGAGCUGAGCGAGCAGCUGCAGCUGGAGCUGCACAAGUUACGCGCUCCCGAAAAGCCAGACGACGCAGACAUCGAUGACACUGCCGUAACGUGGGCGGACUUUGCCGAUCGAAAGACGCGAAAGGCCUUACUCAUUGGGCUGGGCUUGUUGAUGGCUAAUCAAGGCUGUGGCUGCUUUGCUAUGCUCAACUAUACGGCAAUGAUCUUCGAAGAGUCCGGCUCCAGUCUGCCGCCCACAGUCUCCGCCAUUAUUGUGGGCGUCAUUCAGCUGGUUGGCUCGUAUGUGUCCACUCUGCUAGUGGAGCGCGCAGGUCGCAAGCUUCUGCUGCUCGUUUCCGCGGUUGGCAUUUGCCUCAGCCAGCUGAUCAUGGCUAGCCACAGUUACAUGAAGGUGCUCCAAUAUGAUACGUCCAGCUUCGAUUGGGUGCCCAUUGCUGCGUUCUCUUUCAUGCUGUUCAUCGCCUCGUGGGGUCUGUUGACGCUGCCUUUCCUCGUCAUCUCUGAGAUACUGCCGCCCAAGAUACGCAGCACGGCCAUCAUGGUGCUUAUGUCCGUGCUUUGGCUACUCUCCAUGCUGACCAUCAAGCUCAUUCCACUGCUGACCGCUGCAUGGGGCAUGCACGGGACUGUGCUCUUCUUCGCCUGCUGCACCCUCGCCGGGACCUUGUUCAUUGCCAUAUUUUUGCCAGAGACGAGGGGCAAGACAAUUGAAACUAUUUUGGCUAGUUUGUAGUUAAUUCAUUUUAGUUAAUUAUUAAUUGUUUUCUAUUUCUACUCGUCUUACAACAUUAAAUAUUAUAGGCAUCUUACACGAUCAAGUGCACUUAAACGAGUAUACAUUAUAUAAAUGCCAGACAAGUGGCGUCUUUGUCAUAAAAUUAGUCAAGCGCAACAAUCUGGCUAACUGUCUGCCCGUUGGCCAACAGCUUCCCCUUGAACUUAACUUCUGUGUUCGCGCCUGUCUGCGACUUACAAAUGCCCUCUUUGAUUAGAUUAAAAAGUUCUUGCUAGAGAAACUAUUUUUAUAACCUGAAGACAGCUUCAUUUAUUCUGUGCAGGUGCUCAGAAGAGAUUAACGAUUUUGAUUAUCUGUCUGGUAUUGUGAGAAAGAGCGAGAGAGAAAGACAGUGAUGGGAAAAAAUAAGAGGCAUAGAGAAUAAUCUAUAGAAAUGGGAAACGAAAGAGGGCGACAAACAAAUUAACAGAGAAAGGGAUAAAUAUAGAAAAAGAGAGAGCAGCGAUAAAGAGAAACAAACAGGGGAAUAGAAAGUGGGAGAAAUAGAGACAGAGAUAUAAGUAGUUAAAGAUU